AUGCAAUGGGCCACGAUCGCUACAGCUCUUGCAUCCGCACCAUGCAACCCUUACUACGUUAUUGAUCGGGUCGCACCGGUCCCCGUGCAGAAGAUCUUGGGCAAGAAGCCUAAGUUCAAAACUUUCGUCGAUGAGGAUGGGACCGAGGUGGAUGGAUUUGAUACUCCCAACCAUACAAGGUCCAGGACAUUGCUAGACUUCAUGGCUCAGAUCCCACAUCGGGGUUCCGAGGAGCUGUUCAUGUUCGGCAAGGCAGCGGUAGAGAAGUACGGUCCAGCCUGGUCAUGCCUGAGUCGGUCGGCCAAACAUCGCAAGACCAUCUAA